UCGUAGUAUUUCGUGGUUUCGUAGGUCGUCGGUCUACAACCAAUCAAAAUAGGCGCAGUGGCGCCAAUGGUCGCUCGGUUUGACUUUGUAGUUGAAAUAUUUGCCGCCGCAGUUGUGACGUUCAUAGCGCCACGAGUUGUUAGGUUGCCAAGUGAUUUUUAAAUUCUUGUAAUUUUUGCUUUGUAACCGGAUUUCGGUGCUGAACUUGUCAAGGUUAACCGUCUAUUAUUGCAUAGAAGGAUGGACAGAUGCAUCUGUAGAAGCGUUAUCCCGGAAAGACUUUGCCCUAUUUAGACCGCGGCCUUCCAACGCCCCGUUCGUGUUGUUUAUCAAGAUAGUACGUGCACGUUCGCUAUUAGACGCCGCUGGCGAACAUUCAGGAGUAGGUGUUGCACCAUUACCAUCGUUGGAUAGGUCGCAAAUUAGAUUUCCUUCUGCGGCAGCUCUUGCGGCAAUCGCCAAUGAAGACCAAGUGGUGUGAAUUGUGUUGUGAUCGUUGAAAUUAACUCACGUGGCUUACAUGUGUCAGGCGAUGUGUUAAACUGUCACAAUGAAACUUAGCACCCAAGAAACGAAAGAUCUGCACAAAUAUACAAAAUUCUUUGCUUUAAAGAGCGCCCAAGUGAUCAUACAGUCCCGACUUGGCGAGAAAAUUUCCACACCAUGCAAACCCGACAACCAGGGCACAGAUUGGUUUAAUUUGAACAUUAACGAUCUUCCAGAGGUAUUAGCACAAACGAAGAAAGCUUUAAAUGGCGAAAUUAUCUCGGCCGGUUUUCCACUUUGCGUGGAAAUAUCCCUACGUACCCCCGAAGGCGAUCAAAUGGUGUUGGAAUCCUGGUGCCUUAAUUUGUUGUCUGAUCAGUGUGACCCUACAAUGAGGAACAUACCAAAUGUAUAUAACAGGAUGGGGAUGUUAUUGAAGUCUUUAAUGUCGGUCACCCGGAUAACGCCAGCAUACAAACUCUCUCGCAGGCAGGGUCCUGAUUCAUAUAUAAUUUGCUAUCGGAUUUAUAUGGAAUCGCCGUCGCUUCUUAACCUCGGCGAGGGCUAUAAGUCAACGAAAAUUGGGCAGAUAUGUACGCCAAUCGGUACAUUGCAAUUUUCAGUUGCAUAUAGGACAAAAAUGACCAUUUCACCUACUCAGACUGGGAAGAACAAUUCAAUGAUGGUUAAAAGUGAUCACUUCAAUAGUAAUUCAAACACAAGAAGACAUAGGAACAAUGAUGAUGUAAGCGAUUUGACAAAACCAAUGCGACCUGGUCCUUUCGCAGAUCCUAAACCUAAAAAACCAAUCGAGCCAGAGUUACCUGGAGUCACCAGAUUACUUGCAAUGGGAAAAUAUAAACAACGUUCCAUGUCUAAACCUAUAACAGAUAUUGAAUCUUCAGACAGUAUGAAAAUUACAGAUGAAUCUAUAAUUAAUAAGAAAGAAAGUACGCCUUCGAGGGUUUUAAUGACGUCAUCAACAACGUCACGGAUUUCAACUAUUAGUAAUUUAAAAUCAGUGGAUGAAGAGUAUUGGAUGAAGGAAUUGAGUGCACCAUUCGCCACUCGAGGUCCUAUGGGAGAACUUAUGCAGUUCUACAAGCAGUGCAAAAAGUCGCCACCAUUACAGUCUCCUCAAAAGAAUCCCACACCAGAAGAAAUAACAAAAAUGAUAGAAAUGUACGAAUCGCAGCUGCCUGAGUAUGAUGCUUUAGUGCAGUCAUUUUGUGAAUCACCAGAUAAUAAUUGAAGAAGUAAGAUAUUGAGUAUAUAUUUUUGUUUUGUGAAAUGAGUGUUAUAUUUAUUUUUUCAUCUUGUCGCAAAUUUAAUUUCAUUGAGUUGUAGCAAUCUUCAUGUAAUGUAAAGCGUUUCCUUUGCAAAAGACUGAUACGAAUAUAAGAAGCGAGUGUAAAAAAGUUGUACAUAGUGAAAAUUAAAUUACUUAAAAAGAAAAAUUAAACUAAAUUGUUGAUCCAAGUUUAUUUUUAAAAUUUGUAUAUAAUUCAUAUUUAUAUUUGAAUAUUGAGAUUUUAUGCUGUUGUAUUUAUCUCAUUAAUUUGCAGGAUCUUGCUAGUAUACACGUAAUACUGCAAACUCACAAGUACCUAAUUUGCAACAUUUUUAAACUACUGCGUUUAGUGUAACAUGGUUCUUAAUUUCUGUUUUAUUUUAUACUUCUUGUACUAAGCGCGAAAGUGCAAUAAUGUAUCAAAUACGUCUAUUUCUUCGUUUUAAGUUUAUGAAAAUUUAUUAAGCUUUUUUAGUAGUAAUUUUAACAAUUUAAUUGUUUAUUUCGUAUUUACUACUAUUGUUGUGUUAAAAGAAUCUUAGUAAUUGCAGCUAUAUGCUAAAGAUAGUCUUCAUUAAAAAGUGCAAAUUGAAGAAUAUACACUCUUUUAAAUAAAAUGUAUUAAUUUGCUGGUUUAUUAUUUUCGCGUUAAAAUUCAAAGUCACUGCAUAAUACAAUGUUUUCUUUUAAGCGUCAUGUGAAUGCCUACGUAAUUGAAUUGCUGCGUUUUAGUGGCAAAUAAAAAUCAGUUACAUUGUGCUGAUCUUUUACACGUAGCAUGUCACAUAAGUUUGGGUACUUCUGAGUUAUUUUACAAAAUUGUUUCUGUUGUGUAAUAUUAUGUUUAAUAUUACAGUGAAAAUAUUUUAACAAUUGAUGUACACUGUAUUUUGAUUUUGCUCAAUAUUUAAUUUAUGUAUUAUGUUUUAAGUGUAUUAUGUUAUUUUUAUGUUGUUUUUUUAAUGUUACAAAAUUUUGCGAAAAAUGUCAAUAAAAUCAUUUUCUGAUUUCAAAUACAUACAUACAUAAUUAUA